AUGUCGGAAGCUUCUUUUGCUUCCCUGCAAGCUUUUCGAUUACAAGUGGCCGGAAACCUACACCGGGUACUGGAAAGUUCGAUUCUUGGAUCAGACGUCUUGUCCAUCAAAUGGAUCCACCGAUGUUUUCAGAUAUUACCCAUAUUGAACAAUGAGUUUGCUAAGCUGAUGGGGGAGAUAGAUUAUCCGGUGAGCAGUUGGGAAGCUGGUUCGAUUGAAGAGUAUCUUGAUUUCACCAUUAGCAUGUUGGAACUGCUGAAUGCAAUAAAUUCUUCUCUUUCUCAUCUUAAUCAAGCUCGGGUGUCGCUCUCUCAUGCUUUGAGCCUCAUGAAAAACUCUCCGGCUUUAGCUGUGGAACGUAUGAGAGAGAUUACAGUGCAUGAUUCCGUCAAGGGAAUCAAAGGGAGCGAAGGGAAUGGAGAAAGGAAUCGGAAUGAGAAAGAAAGGAUAUUUCAUGAAGGUAUGAUGGUUCUCAGGAGUACUGGAUUUUGGACUUGUGGAGUUGUGUUGUCGGGAUUAAAGAGUGAUGCUAGGCCGAUUAUGGAGAUUAUGGGAACUGGGAUGGUGGUGGAUUGUUCGUUGAUACGUCUUGAUUCCAUCUUUAGGAAGAAGAUUACCGAGGAAAGGGGAUUGGUAAAGGAAGUGGAAGAAGUGAAUGAGACUUUGCGUAUGAUUGUAUUAAAGGGUAUUGGUGAUUCCGAUGCUGUGAUUGAAUUGAAGAGAAGAUUGGAUGUGGUUGGGAAUGGAUUAAAGGGUUUAAAAGAAGAAGAAGAAGGUUUAUUUGCAGAGUUUAUGGCUGCAAGAAAUAAAGUGCUUGAGACACUUCGAGCGAAAAAUAAAUAA